CAUAGCAUUUUCCCUAUUUUACAUCGCCUUCACUUUCUCUGUGACUUCCGCCUCUUUGGCACUUCUCGACCACGGUUAUCACGUUGCGUCUGCCGAGUUCCGGCGUGAAAUUUUGUGAAAGGCUCCUAGGCACUGCCACAAUGGCUUCCGCUGAAGAACAGGCCCAGGCCUUCAAGAACGACGGCAACAAGGCUUUUGCUGCCCAUGACUGGGUUGCAGCUAUUGAUUGUUAUACAAAAGCAAUCAAGUUGAAUGACAAGGAACCCACUUAUUAUUCAAACCGAGCACAGGCAAAUAUCAAAUCCGAAGCUUACGGGUAUGCUAUCGCCGACGCGACAAAGGCGAUUGAACUCGAUCCAAAUUUCGUGAAGGUAUGCUGUUUCUGCAGAUGGCCUACUACCGCAGAGCCGUAGCCUAUACGGCCAUUCUGAAAUCGCGAGAUGCACUCAGGGACUUCAAGACUGUUGUUAGGAAAGCUCCGAACGACAAAGAUGCAAAACUCAAGCUGGCCGAAUGCGAGAAAAUUGUUAAGAGGGUCGAAUUCUUCCGAGCUAUAGAAGUUGGAGAUGAACCUUCGGCAGCGGAGGGCCUGGACUUGGAUUCAAUGGUGGUAGAUGCCGACUAUGAUGGAGCUCGAUUGGAGAAAGAGAUGACUACCGAAUUCAUAACGGAUAUGUUGGAACGAUUCAAGAACGGGAAAAAGCUGCAUAAGAAAUACGUCUACCAAAUCGUUCUGGCAGUUCAAAAGAUUGUCUACGAUGAGGCCACGAUGGUGGAGAUGGAGAUACCAGAUGAUGCCCAGCUUACGGUUUGUGGAGAUACACAUGGUCGGUUGUCUUCUGGGAAUAAUGGUUUAGAAGUACUAAUAAGAGAGAUAGGCCAGUUCUUCGACUUGAUGGAACUCUUUAGACUAAACGGUUUCCCUACCGAGAAGCACUAUUACCUCUUCAAUGGAGACUUCGUGGAUCGAGGGUCUUGGUCGACUGAAAUUGCUCUUCUGUUAUAUGCCUACAAAUGGCUGAGACCGGGUUCCUUCUUCAUCAACAGAGGCAACCAUGAAACGGACGACAUGAAUCGGGUGUAUGGAUUCGAAGGCGAAUGCAAGGCAAAGUACAAUGGUAUGUUCGCUCUCCGAGUUCUUAACUGUUUCUUUGCCAUCGAACGCAAAUCAAACAUUAACUGGCAACUACACAGAACGUACUUUUAGGCUGUUCUCUGAGAGCUUUUCUGCACUCCCACUUGCCACCCUAAUAGGCAAGAAAUAUCUGGUACUUCAUGGUGGCCUAUUCUCCGAUGACAAGAUCACAUUAGAUGAUAUUCGGAAGCUCAAUAGACACAAUCAACGCCAACCAGGCCAGGCAGGAUUGAUGAUG